AUGGCAAGCAGCAAGGCAGAUCAAGAUCUCGAGGUCUUGAAAUCAACGGUCUCAACGACUCUCGAACUAAUCACCAAACUGAAAGCCUCUGCGAUACCAGCCAAAGAUGCAAAGGAUAGCACCGUCAACGCCGUCGACCUAGCCCACGAUGCUGCCUCUCUCACCAAAGCACACACGACGAAACUGUCCCUCCUAAUCAUCAACAAGCCUUUUACGGCAUCUGCCAUCGCGAAGAUACUCCGAGAGCUGAUGGCAGGCCCAUUGCCGGGUCUUGCGUCUGCUGUUGAAUUAUGCAGUGCGGGGAAAUAUACAAAGGCAAUGAGUUCAGAGCUCGAGUACUGGGCUGGGAGGGUGUUUCAAGGAAUGACCUCGUUGGCCGAAGCAAUUCCUUUGGAUGGAAGCAUUCUGAGCGAGGACGCGAAGAAGGGAACUGGCACCGAGAAAGGCAAUGGUAGUCUGGCCCUCACUGGGACUGUAUGGGAAGCUUGCGAUGCUGUGGCCGAGCUGAAGAAGUUAGGAGUGGUAGGACUGGUGAUCAAGAAAGUAGAAGAGUAUAAAUCCUUGCUCCAGGAUGCUUUGGAGGAACUACAGGAGUGGGGAGAAGAAGGAAGCGACAAUGAAGAUACUGGAUUUGACGAUGACGAUGAUCCGGAUGAAGCACAGGCAGCUGUGGACAGCAUGUUUUUACAAAGGCAUAUCCCGUCAGAAGAUCCAGACAAGAUCCGACCCCGGCUUGACUCUUCCUUGAAACGAUUGCGGCUCUUGAUAUUGAUGUAUCAAGCAGUUGUAAAGCGAAGAUUCAAGGCUCUCCCCUCUCUUCCACUUGCAGACUUGCCUCCAGAGUCGAAAACACCAACGACGGAGGAAGACUCUGGGAUCGUCAACUGCGUGGAUGAGGCUUUGGAUGUCAUGAAGAAGAUUCCCGGAAUAACUGAUGACUUGGCGAGCGCAUUUUACGAACUGGAUGGACCAGAAAUCGACAAAAAGAUGGAUUUGUGUUUCUUUACUGGAUUUGCCGCUGCCGAGUUGUUGGUAAAGGACUGGCAGGGCCGAAAGGACGAGUUUACGACUUGGGCAACCAAAUUCCAGCUAGCAAUGAAGAAGGGCUGGUGA